AUGCCAUCGCUGAGGACCCCUUCACCCCUCCUGCACCCAACAUCCCACCUCCUCGGUGGCGGCGAAGAGCACCUCCAGGUGGGCCUCCAGCAUCUGGGCGUCCUCCACGCUCAGCUCCGCCCUGACCCUCUGGCUCAGGGCGUGCAGCUUCCCGUCGCCUUCCCGGCGCUGCCUGGUCAGCUGGCGCAGGACCUGCUGGGCGUGCUGCUUGAAGCGCGCCACCUCGGCCUGGAUGUCGGACGCGUCCGACAGGCGCCAGGUGUGCAGCAGGUGGUAGCGCCGCAGCUUGUCGGCGGCCUCCGGCCCCGACAGCAGCGAGGAGUCGUGCUGGAACUCUGUCAGCGUGUGGUCCAUGGCUGCCUGCGGGGGUGUUGGCUGGAUGCGCGUCGGGGCUCCUGGCCAGCGAAUCGGGUGGCUGGCACGCACUGCCACCCCACACCCUGCGGGAGCCCGAGGCCCCCACAAUGGGAAAGUACAGGGCCCCGCAUACCCGCGAUCGCAAAAUCCUGGCUGCCGCGUUUUCUUCCCCAUGCCAGCACUCACCAUGCGCAGCUUCAGGACGUCCAGCACAGCACUCUUCUGGCCGCUGGCCUCGUCCAUGUCCAUUGCCAGCCGCUCCUGCUGGAGCUCCAGCUGGGCCAUGGCGCAGUCGACCAUCAUGGUGCGCGACACCUGCGGGGAUGGCGCGACAUCGCUCUCAUUACCUGUUGCCGGGGCCCGAAGGGGUGGAGCAGUACCACCCGCCCGUCAUCUACUCCCAAAGCAUGA